AUGGCUGGGUCGUCCGUAGGUGCUAUGGAAAUUGAUUAUUCGCCGCUCGUGGUCACGAAUUCUCACGGUCGUAGCUCCGACGGUAUCAUUAAUUCCGCCUGUUUGAUUUUUCAAGUGCUACUUUCUCUGGUGUCCUUGGCCGCGGCCUCGCCGUUGAUCGUGAACCAGGACUACAACGUGUACCAUCCACAACUCUACGGUGGUUUUAUGCCGAUAGAGAGGUCGGACCACGAGUCUCUGAGCUCCUCAGGAGGCGGAGGUUACGGGGGUGACUACGGUGGCGGUGACUACGGCGGUGGUAGCUACGGGGGUGGUAGUUACGGCGGUGGCAGCUACGGCGGCAGCAGCUACGGUGGUAGUAGCAGUUAUGGGGGCGGUGACUACGGCGGCGGAAGUUACGGGGGUGACUUAGGCGGAGGACAUGGCGGUGGUUUCGAGGGAUCAGUCGGAGGACAUUUAGAAACAUCUGGUGACCACUUGGGCUCGGAUUACUCGUCUCUCGGGGGUGGAUACGAAGGUGGUGGUGACGAGGGCGGUGUUUCCCUGGACGGAGGCCACAAUGUUGUUCAGAGCGUCCCUGUAUCCGAACACGUUGAAGUUACGAAGCCUGUGGCUGUUAAAGUGGUCAAGCACAUUGGGGUACCAGUUCCUCAUAUCGUGAAGAUUGCCGUGCCCCAUCCAGUGCCCGUGGGUGUACCCCAAAGUUACCCCGUGGCUCAGCCCGUUGCAAGACCAGUGCCCGUCCAAGUGGUGAAGACAAUUGCGGUGCCAGUUGAGAAGAGGGUCCCAUUCCCAGUGGAGAAGCAUAUCCCGGUGCCAGUCGAGAAACCUAUUCCGAUCACGAUCGAGAAGCAUGUGCCUGUGCCGGUUAUCAAACCGUAUCCCAUCAAGAUCCCUGUUUACAAGACGAUCUAUCACCACGCGAAGAAGCACUAA